CUUUAUUUCCUCAGACAAUUGGGGUGAAUAUGUAUGCUGGUUAUACUUUUUGUACCUUCUCCCAGGUUUGGCCUAGAAACAGCUUUUGUCAACUUAGCUCAUGUGGCUAAGCAGCUAGUUUUAACAGCCACGGACUAAUGGCAACAACGGUUACCAUUGAGCAAACUAACGUCAUUUAGCGUUACAAUGGACUUGCCACAUCAUGGGUACCGAGCAACUAAGCCAAGAGCUCGUGCUGCUCCCCCUGCAGGAGACUCUCUCCUGUUUGAAGAUACCAGCUCCGCAGCACAUGGACUUAACAACCAGGGCUAUUAUACUCCUGGGUACAACAUGGGAGGACCCUCGGAUGACUUGCAGGGAGGUGCAGGAGUGAGCAACCUUUUCACUGACCCAAUGGCUAAUGCUGCAAUGAUGUAUGGAUCCUCUUUAGCCAACCAAGGAAAAGAUAUGGUAAACAAAGAGAUCAGCAGAUUCAUGUCUGUGAACAAGCUGAAAUACUUCUUUGCAGUCGACACCAGAUAUGUCCUGAAGAAAUUGAUGAUCCUCAUGUUCCCAUAUACACAUCAGGAUUGGGAAGUCCGGUACCAUCGGGACACUCCGCUGACUCCAAGACAAGAUGUGAAUGCACCCGAUCUUUAUAUUCCAACCAUGGCUUUUAUUACCUACAUUUUACUCGCUGGAAUGGCCCUUGGCAUUCAGAAAAGGUUCAGUCCAGAGGUUCUUGGGCUGUGUGCCAGCACUGCCCUUGUGUGGAUCAUCAUAGAGGUCUUGGCCAUGUUGUUGAGUUUGUAUCUGCUGACAGUACACAGUGACCUCUCAACCUUCGAUCUCAUCGCCUACAGUGGAUACAAAUAUGUCGGGAUGAUCUUCACAGUAUUGUGUGGCUUACUGUUUGGCAGUGAUGGUUAUUUUGUGGCCCUUGCCUGGUCCUCUUGUGCCCUUAUGUUCUUCAUUGUUCGAUCUCUGAAAAUGAAGAUUCUGCCCUCUCUGUCCUCAGACUCAAUGGGAAUGGGAUCAAGUGCCAAACCUCACUUUCGCCUAUAUAUCACUGUGGCAACCGCAGUGUUUCAGCCAAUAAUUAUUUACUGGUUAACCUCUCACUUAGUGAGGUGACUGAGGCAUUGAAUAACCUCAGGUCAAAAUAAACUGGAAGCAGAAAUUUGUGGUUGUUGAGUGUUGUACACUUACCUGUAUACUCUUUUGUCAGCAAACUUACAGCACAUGUAGACAGUGUUGAAUUGCAGUGUAUGCUGAGCUUUUCAGUGGAAAUUGUUUAAUAUAACCAGAAGGCGUGAAAAAGUCUCUCUGUCUGCCAUGACUGUACAGCCACACAGAGAAAUGCUUAAUUCUAUCCACCUAACUUUAAACAAAAGGGCUUUCACUGACACAUUUGUUUAAUCAGAACUGUUUCUGUGCAGGUUUCCUUUUAUACAGUGUCUCUUGAUGUGCUAUAAAGAAAUUAUACCACAAGAAUUCAAAUACAUGGACAGAAAUUCACCUGACACUUGUGAUUCAAGUAGUAUUUCUCUUCUGUGGUAAUACUGCUUCAUUAUCUCCCUUUCUAUGUUCAAUCCGGAUUUUUAUUAAUCUACAUUUUGGAAAGCAUGCCAAUGUUUGGAUUUUUGUAGAAAAAAUAAAUAUAUUUAGCCUUGUAUACUCAA